AUGGCCUCUAAACGCCUCAUCUUCGUAACAGGCAACGCGAACAAGCUUAAGGAAGUUCGCGCCAUCCUUGCUCAGUCAGGCGUAGAGAUCGAUUCCCAGGAACUCGACAUCCCCGAAGUACAAGGCAGUACUCAGGAAGUUGCUAUCGCCAAAUGCAAACGCGCAGCUGAACUGCUUGGCGGACCGUGCAUCACCGAAGACACUGCGCUGUGCUUCGAGGCACUUAAUGGACUGCCAGGGCCAUACAUCAAGUACUUCAUGAAGGAGAUCGGACAUGACGGAGGCCUGAACAAGCUGCUCGUCGGAUUCCCAACCACCAACGCAUGGGCUGUCUGCACCUUCGCAUACAGCGCUGGACCAGGAACGGAGCCCAUCCUGUUCGAAGGUCGGACAGACGGCCGCAUCGUUCCUGCAAGGGGCGAAAAGAAGUUCGGUUGGGACCCAGUCUUUGAGCCAUCGAGUUUUGAUCAGACGUAUGCUGAGAUGAGCGCUGUGGUGAAGAACAAAAUCUCCCACCGAUAUCGAGCCCUAGUGAAACUACAGGAGUACCUUCGCACUCUGGAUGCUUGA